UUUUCAAAGGGGACCAGCCACCCAUGAUUGAGCAGGCAAUGGUACUUGUUAACAGACUCACAGACCUGCCUAUGGGACUGCAGCCACAGGACGCAGAGAGAGAGACAAGUUCCCCAAGCUUCAGCAUCCCACCACAGAUUGGGAAACCUCUUCUUCUCUACUAAAUGACCUUCUGCUGAGGGGGUCUCAUUUUGACAUCGUCUCCUGCAGUGAUCAAAGCUGGGAACUUCUGGAAUUUAAAAGAAAAGCUACUUUUCAGGCUACUGCUCUCAAGAUGAUUCCCUCUAUUUCACUGGUGGUACUAUUGACUGUGUGGGCUUCCGAUGCCAAAAAAUUUCUACAGACAAACAGUGCAUCUCUUGAAAAGGAUAUGUUAAAUCUCGACAUUCAAGUCAUUCAAAGCCAUGGUUAUGACAAUGAGGAUGUGAAAGGACUGGAAUGGGACAAGCACCACAAGAGAGCACCGCGGGGUGCAGACGACGAGGACACAGGCGCAGGUGAACCUCAGUCUACCUUCUCACGGUCUUAUGAGAACGAGUUCACCUCACCCAGAGCUACCCAGUUCUCUAGCUCAACCCUGGAAACGGGGGCCAACACAGCCUCAACCCUGGAAACUGGGGCCAACACAGCCUCAACCCUGGAAACUGGGGCCAACACAGACUCAACCCUGGAAACUGGGGCCAACACAGCCUCAACCCUGGAAACUGGGGCCAACACAGACUCCACUCUGAACACUGGGGCCAACACAGACUCAACUCUGAACACUGGGGCCAACACAGACUCCACUCUGAACACUGGGGCCAACACAGCCUCAACUCUGAACACUGGGGCCAACACAGCCUCAACCCUGGACACUGGGGCCAACACAGCCUCAACCCUGGACACUAGGGCCACUGGGGCCAACACAGACGUGGAUCAGGGCAACAGCAGCACUACAGGAAAGUGGAUCACCAACAUCCACAACCCUCUGUACCCAGUGACUGACAGUUCCUACACUGCCUACGCUGUCAUGUUCCUGUCCCUGGUGGUGUUCUCUGUGGGGAUUAUAGGGAACCUGGCUGUGAUGUGCAUCGUCUGGCACAACUACUACAUGAGGAGUACCUGGAACUACAUCCUGGCCAGUCUGGCUUUCUGGGACUUCCUGGUGCUCUGCUUCUGUUUACCUGUGGUGGUCUUCAAUGAGCUCACCAAUAAGAGGCUGCUGGGGGACAUCUCAUGCAGAGCGGUACCAUAUAUGGAGGUGACCUCCCUAGGGGUGACAUCCUUCAGCCUGUGUGCCCUGGGUAUUGACCGCUUCAACUCUACCACCUGCUCCCAGCCCAAAAUCCGUCGAGUGGAGAGCUGCCAGUCCGUCCUGGCCAAGCUGCUGGUCAUAUGGCUGGGCUCCAUGGUGCUGGCGGCACCAGAGCUGCUCCUAUGGCAGCUCAGCCAAGACGUGUCUCCAGCCACAGGGGCCGUGGUGGACUCCUGCACCAUGAACCCCACCUCCAACCUCCCCGAGUCCAUGUACGCCCUGGUCAUCAACUACCACGAGUGCCGCAUGUGGUGGUACUUUGGUUGCUACUUCUGCCUGCCUGUGGUCUUCACCCUGCUGUGCCAGCUGGCCACCUGCCACGUGUCCCAUGACGUUAUCCCCCGACGCCUGGAGGAAGGCUCCCCCUCCAAGAAGCAGAAGAUACAACACAGUCAACAGGUGGAGCGCCAGCUCAACUGCACCGUGAUGGCUCUGGCCGUGGUCUACGGCGUCUGCGCCCUGCCGGAGAACGCGUGCAACAUCGUCCUGGCCUACACCGCCAUGCCCAUCUCUGACGACACCGCCACCCUGCUGGCCCUCAUCAACCAGUUCUCCCUGUUCUUCAAGUCGUCGGUGACGCCGGUGCUGCUGCUGUGCCUCUGUAAGUCUCUGAGCCAGGCCUUCAUGGACUGUUGCUGCUGCUGCUGUGAGGAGUGCCAACCCAGUGGCUCCCAUUCCCCUGGCACCGAGGCCAAACUCAAGAGCACCAACGAGAUGUCCUCCUCCAUCUUCUUUGACAAAGCCAAGGACAGCUCCACCAUCCUGUCGAUCAGCGGGUCCAGCUGAACUGACCUCUCCUGCUUUCUUUCCUUUCCAUCGCCUAAACUGGUUAGAUGUGGUAACAAAGCAACUCACCUUUCAGCAGUGGACAUUCCAUCCUCAACCAUAGACACACCUUUUUGUUUUCCAGUGCCAGCGUCUCCUUCUCUGUAGCCUUAAUGUCUGUAAUGUCUCUCCUUUUGAUGUUCUCUCCAAAUAGAUACAACACCCCAUCCAGUUUUAAGGUGGUUCAUUUGACAGGAAGUUCAGACAUUGACUAAGUGCAGACUAGGUGGGGCUGGAGAGAAGAAGGAGAAGAGCUCCAUUUAAUAUCCUUGUAGAAGUGUCACCCCAAUGUGUGUAUUUGAAGGAUUAUUAGGUGUAAAAUAAACAGAGUGUUAUGUUAGAUUACUACACUAGGGUUGACUAACAGCCCCAGAGGGUCCCGGUACUGAGAUCAUUAUUUCUUCAUGUCACAACUAUUAACAUAUCUGUAAUAUGAAGUGUGUUGGCUCUUUAGUCGACACAGAUAAGUUUGCCUUGUCAUUUUGUUCAUUGCCCCCCCCCCCCAAUUAUCGACGCAACUAUUUCAUCUUUAUCCGUCCCAUGUCAUUCUAUCAAUUAUUGUUUUGAAUUAUAUUCAUAAUCAACAGGGAUGGUUUAGACAUAGUAUUUUCCAUCAAAUCAAAGUGCUGUGAAUAAUGCAAAAUUAUUUUUCCAGAUAAUCAUGAGAAGUCCCUGUACAGAGGUCAAGGUUAUACACUGGUUAUAAGAAGGUUAGGAAAGAAGUCAGACAUCAUUUUACGAAUAAGAGACACAGCUGUAGUUGUGUUUAAUUUAUCCAAUAAAGGUUUGUAAUUUAUCAGCGCUAGUCAUUUUUCUCACAGAGAGAUUUCAUAAACGUUCGUUUAAAAAAAAUUGCUCAACCAGAUGAAGGGAUUUUGGGUGAUUGACCAUUGACCCUCUGAAACUCAAUAAUGGGGUCCUCUCUCUGACCUGGAACAUAUUUCUCCUCUCACUGAUUCAGGCUUUGGACAGCAGCAGAGCUCCUCUCAUAAGGGUGUCAUUGUUCCCCAGGGGCCAGUGGAAGCCUCCACUCUGAGGCCCUGGGAGUGGAACUACAGUUGAGUUGCCAGGUUACCGUCCCAAAAUUCACUGGUAUUGUAGACGGGCCAAAACCGGACAGACCUUCCACCGUUUUCUCACCCCUGUCUGGUACCCCAGUCCAAAUGAACACGUGGCACUACUGCAUGUUCUCUCAUGUUGUUGUGAAGGUUUGAAAGAAAUAUAUGUUGUUUUUAUACUUAAAAUGGAGAUGGACGUUGGCUUGGGGAUGUGAGAAGUUUCCAUUGUGAUGGACUAGGUUCAAUCAGAGAACACCACCACAGCACAGACACCAGAAUUAUGUAAUGUGUUGUUUCCAACAUACAAUGAAACUCAAGCCAACCUGAUUGGACAGCAUAUCAAAUGAUCACCAGUAAGCCAAUAGAGGGCAAUAGUAAGGGCGUCUUUUUGUAGGUAUUAACAAGAGGCUAACUUCACCAUGGCUUGUUGAUUAAAGCCUAUGGGGAUCAACACUGUAAAUAAGGUCUGAGGAGAUCUUAUACUGUACGUUUUGCUCUAUGAGAUAAUCUUCAUCAGCUAACCAGUGUCCAUUUUCAGGUUCCUAUGCCUCUGCUACAGUUAGUUAUUUAACUUUAAGUUAGUAAUUAUUUUAACCCUUUCGAAAAAAGAUUGUAAUUAUUUUAACGAAAAAAGAUUUCUGCAAAUAGCAUCCAAAAUAACACUUUUUUUUUUACGACAGUAAUUAUGUAAGCAUUUAUGUAAUCAAAACAAGCACAUAAAGUGUUCAUCAUUGAUAAAGCUUAUGUAUUCUGACUGGUAUUAUCUCAUAAAACAACAUGUAUAAGAUCUCCUAAUGCUAUGUUAACCCCAGACCUUAUUUUCAGCGUACAGUGGGGGAAAAAAGUAUUGAGUCUUUUUUUGUCUGUCAUAGUUGAAGUGUACGUAUGAUGACGAUUACAGGCCUCUCUCAUCUUUUUAAGUGGGAGAACUUGCACAAUUGGUGGCUGACUAAAUACUUUUUUGCCCCACUGUAUAUCCCAAAACCCCAUUCUUUCCUCAUUUAAUUUUCAUCAUAGGAAAACAUAGGCAAACAAACCAGAGGUAGAAAAUGCUAACUCAUGAAUGUUUUUCACCAAUACCCAAUUGUGAUUAGCUUACAAGUCAGUUUGAAUGUACAGAGACAGUCUGGUUUCUCCAUUAAAUGAUGCACUGAUUGAAGGGUUUAGAGACAGAGGAGGUAUUUCUUCCCCCGGGGGUGGUUGACCUCUUUAGAGUCUCUCUCUCUGGGUCUUGGAGCGUGUUCAGAGGCUGUCAGGGCCUGGGCAGAUGGUGCUGGAGCCUCAUUAGCAGUGAGCGGAGCUCCUCACCAGCUCCUGUGGACACUAAUGACUGAACAGUGAACAGUCGCCUCUCUGUUUCAUUAAUGAAGCCACCGACACAAAUCAACGUCCCCAUGCCACAACAUCCAGUGUCAGUCCGCUAACAUACAAGGACUGAGGGAGUGGGAUGGUUCACGAAGCCCUGCAACAGGUAAACAAAUGGAGAAGAGUCAUUCCAGGAUGAAAAGUUGACUACAUGAUGACGCAGCAAGCUGGGGUUACAAGCAGCAAUAGGACAGAAGUUAUCAACCUUAUAGAUCCGAUAAUGUGCACUCAUUUGAUUGAUACUGUAAGUGCAUUUCUAAAUGCUUGAUGAAACAAUGUUUUUGAUUAAACUACUUUUUCCUG